ACACACAGACAGACAGACAGUGGUUACCAGUACCCGGUGUCGGGAGGACCUGACCCGGUGCCUGUGAUGAGCCUCCGGGGGCGCUGACAGGAAACACCCGAAGAUGCUGAGGCCCCCGACACAGGCCUUCCCCGCGGCCUCCUCUCAGCAGCGGCUGUCGGGGGGCACUGACCGCAACAAGGUGCAAUUGAAGCCUGGCCGAAGUUUAAUGGACUGGAUCCGGCUGACAAAGAGCGGCAAGGACCUGACGGGGCUGAAGGGAAGGCUUAUUGAGGUUCCAGAAGAAGAACUUGCUAAACACAAUAAGAAAGAUGACUGCUGGAUAUGUAUACGAGGUAUGGUUUACAAUCUGACCCCUUAUUUGGAAUAUCACCCUGGAGGAGAGGAGGAGCUCAUGAGAGGAGCUGGAAUUGAUGGAACUGAGUUAUUUGAUCAGAUUCAUCGUUGGGUCAACUAUGAAUCCAUGUUAAAGGAGUGCCUUAUAGGGAGGAUGGCCUUGAAGCCUGCCUCUAUCAAUAAAGUUUCUGAUCGAUCUCGUGUCAAAAUGUCAACGCGGACAUUACUAAACGGUGCAAGUGUUCCAGGUGCUGGGUUUGAGAAAACAUUAAGAGAUGUUUCACUGAGGUAUGAAUGGUUUCAGACUGAAGAUGCAGUCACAGUUGUUAUAUACACCAAACAAAAGGAUAUUAAUUCAGAUUCCGUGAUCAUAGAUCUAGCGGAGGGUGUGCUAAGAACAGAGGUUCGCCUCGAAGAAUCUUCUUAUGUCUUUCACAUGAAGUUGAGUCAUGAAGUGCAAGAAGUGGUUUCUGUGCAUUAUGCAAACACGGUUGGAAAAAUAGAAUUAUGCAUGAAAAAAGCAGACAAUACAAUGUGGAGUGAUCUUGGACUACCUCUAGAAAAUCAUGACUCACGGAAAAAGAACUCAGAUCGAGGUCUUUUUUACCGGAAAUGCAAGCUACUUUCAAAGACAGAUGUCACGCACGACACCAGACUGCUUUGUUUUCAGCUACCUCUUGGAUGUCAUCUAACAGUACCUAUUGGACAACACAUUUACCUCAAAAAUAGUAUUCAUGAUACAGAAGUAGUUAGGCCUUAUACUGCUGCACUGCCAUCCUUGUAUCCAGAACCAGAGGACAACAGUCAUUUCCUUACAAAUAUAUAUUUAAUGAUAAAAAUCUACCCCCAUGGCGUAUUCACACCAUUCAUUGACAGUCUUCAAAUUGGAGACUCUGUGUCUGUGAGUAACCCAGAAGGCAGUUUCAGAUGUUCACAAAUGAAAGGCAAGGCUGAACUUCUCCUGUUGGCUGCUGGCACAGGCUUCACCCCAAUGAUCAAUGUUAUUAGAUUUGCCUUGAAAGAAAGUUGUUGUCUCAGGAAAAUACGGUUGAUCUUCUUCAACAAGAAAGAAGAGGAUAUCUUGUGGAGGGAUCAAUUGGAUCAAUUGUCUUCCAAAGACAAUAGGUUUGAAGUCGACUACAUUCUAUCAGAUCCUCACCCUGAAUGGACAGGGAAACGGGGAAGGAUUGAAAUGUCUCAUUGUUCAGAAUUGAGAAGUAAAUGCACUGAAGAAUCUAAGACGCUUGUGUGUGUUUGUGGUCCAGCCUCCUUUACUGAACUAGCUUUUGGCUUCUUCAAACAAAUAGGAUUUAGUGAUGAAGAGAUUCAUGCUUUCAAUGGAUAGCGAACAUAAUAUGAUGCAAUGUGGAGAUAUAAAGUUCCAUACCUCAGAUGGAAUUUAACUAGAAAUCCUGCCUAUGGUAGAGUAUAUUGUGUGACUGUCCUACAGCAGUAAAAUUCACUUGUUGGUAAGCCACACUGGAGUGUGUACUGGUAGCUGUAACCUCUGACCUCUUAAAAUGGAUUAUGUCUUUAAAAUUAUGAAUCCAGUUUUUUUAAAAGUGCAGUAAAAUAUUUAUGCAAACCUGAUCUGAUAAGUUUCAUUUAUUGUGUCCAAUAAUUCCACAGAUAAUGCACAGCUUACCCCAUUGUCCUAGCGAUUACCAGUGUGGUGCAGGACGAGGCCAUGGACUGUGGAAAGCUGCAAGCUCCAACCUCGCGUUGUGCUAAAUUAGCUCAGUUCACCAGGUCAACCUGCUGCUGCAUUUUGGCUGUAGUACCCCUGAAUUAUAAAGGAAAACUGUCCAGAAUUGCUGCUCCUGAUUGCUAUCCAGACCAGAGUUUAUCUGUCCCUGACCAGAUAUGUACAUUUGGUAUAGAUGCCAACAUUCACUGUCAAAGCUCACAAAUGAAUAAUGGAUGAGGUGACAGAGAAUUACUUUUGCCAUGGAACUGUGAAAGGAAAAAAUAGUUCAAUAGCUUUAAGAGUGAAAAGGGAGAGAGAAAAAAUGUGACCAUUCAUACAGUCACUAUAUAAAAUGAUUAAGCAAUAAUUUGCCUUCCCGUAAAACACUGGACUUUACAAUAAAUUCUGUGAAGCAUUUGGAGACUUCCUCCCAUCGUGAA